AUGGGAAAGAGUCUUCUCCUCUGCCUCUUUUUGUUUUCCGCGUAUAGUUACGUCUCGGCUCAUUAUGAUCAACACCAAACCCUAGUAUCAACGGUCACCAAGAACACCAUCUUGCCACUAUUCACACUAACACUCAACACAGACGAGGAGUAUUUCAUCCACAUAGGCGGACCCUUCAUAACCCGCAAAUGCAAUGACGGUCUCUCUCGCCCCAUCAUCCCCUGCGGCUCCGCCACGUGUGCUCUCACUCGUAGAUUCAACCCUCACCAAUGCCCUCCUACCCAAAACACAAUCAUCAAUGGAAGAUGUGCUUGCCAAGCCACCGCCUUUGAGCCAUUCCAAAGUCUAUGCAGCUCCAACCAAUUCACCUAUGGAGAUUUUGCCAUCUCUUCCCUAAACCCUAGAUCUCCCUCGGUCACAUUCAAUAACGUGAAUUACCUGUGCAUCCCCAAGCCGUUCCUCCCCGGCUUUCCUCCCGGGGUUUUCGGCCUUUUCGGGCUUUCACCCACGGCUCUCGCCGGAUGGAACCAGCUGACUCCACCUAGACUCGGGCUUGAGAAGAAGUUUGCCUUGUGUUUGCCUUCUGAUGAAAACCCUACGAACAAAGGUGUUAUUUUCUUUGGUGGAGGUCCGUACAAGCUCAAAAACAAAGAUGCAAGAUCCAUGCUCUCUUACACUCAACUAAUCAAGAACCCUAGAAAACUCAACGAUUAUUUCUUGGGGCUCAAGGGUAUUUCCGUCAACGGGGAAACGAUCUUGCUUGCCCCAAACGCUUUUGAUUUCGACGGCAAGGGUGACGGAGGCGUGACUCUGAGCACAGUAACUCCUUUCACCACCUUACGAAGCGAUAUAUACAAAGUCUUUAUCGAAGCAUUUUCGAAGGCAACGUCGGAUGUUCCACGUGUCAAUAGCACAGCACCUUUGGAGUUUUGUCUUAAGUCAACGCAACAUUUCCAAGUGCCUCGGAUCGAUCUGGAGUUGGCUGACGGGAAGAUUUGGAAAGUGUUUGCCGCAAACUCCAUGAGGAAGGUCAGUGAUGACGUGGCUUGCUUGGCGUUCCUCAACGGAGGAGAUGCGGCGGAGCAGGCGGUGGUGAUCGGGAUGCAUCAGAUGGAAAAUACUUUGUUGGAGUUUGACGUUGGAAGAUCUGCUUUUGGAUUUAGUUGUUCUCUUGGUUUGGUCAACGCUUCAUGCGGUGACUUUCAAACACGACCGUGA